AAUAUUGCUCAUUAUUCGGAGAUACAAGUUUAACGAAGGGAAAUUAAAAGAAACGCGGGGACUUUUUAAUUUUCAUUCUGAUCUUUCCCUCGGGUCGAUUGUCCCCGGAAGUGUGAAUUGUGUUUCCGGGUGAAGCGGGGAGCGGUCGCCCCGACAACUGAGGAUGGAGCUGUGUGAGAUUCUGUAUAACAAGGCGGAGUACAUCGAGACGGCCUCUGGCAACAAGGUGAGCAGGCAGUCUGUGCUUUGUGGAAGCCAGAACAUUGUCUUAAAUGGCAAGACUAUUGUUAUGAACGAUUGUAUCAUCCGUGGAGACCUGGCGAAUGUGAGGGUUGGACGGCAUUGUGUCAUCAAGAGCCGAAGUGUCAUACGCCCGCCUUUCAAGAAAUUCAGCAAAGGGGUUGCCUUUUUCCCACUGCACAUUGGUGACCAUGUGUUCAUCGAGGAAGACUGUGUGGUAAAUGCUGCUCAGAUUGGAUCCUAUGUUCACAUUGGGAAGAAUUGUGUUAUCGGUCGAAGAUGUGUUCUGAAAGAUUGCUGCAAAAUUCUGGACAACACUGUCCUUCCGCCAGAAACUGUGGUCCCGCCUUUCACAGUCUUCUCAGGCUGUCCAGGCCUGUUUGCUGGUGAGCUCCCAGAGUGUACACAGGAGCUUAUGAUGGAUGUCACAAAGAGCUACUACCAGAAGUUCCUGCCACUGUCUCAGAUAUGAGGUGUGGCUUUACUUCAGAGCACUACAAGUACAGAAUCCAGUUAAUUGGGGAACUCAAAGUGAACAGCUGGAAAAACAGAGGGUCCAAAUUCUGCCUGAGCAUUUCAAAGUGAUGGAGUGGCUCUAACAUGAGGAAGCUCAAGUUUUCUAAAUGAUAAAUAUGUUCAUCUUUGGUCUGAUGAAGAUUUGCUGGUCCUCCAUACUGGGAGUGAUUCUCUGUGUAGUCUUCAGUUCAAUGUUACAGCAUAACGCCAGAGAAAAUCCAGAGUACUGGGCAUAUAUUUAUUUGAUGAAACGUUAAAUCACUGAUCCUCCGGCUGAGUUUAAUCCACUUGGAAAAGGCUUCAGUUGUGACUGAAUGUAAAAAUUGUAUGAGUUCUCUCUUUCGUAUUCACUUGUAUUAGGCUUAAUGUUUGUGAAAUGCCAUUCAGAUUAACUGCUAUCUACUAUUUGCAAAAUUCAUGAGUUUCAUCUGCAUAACUACCAACACCAGUUGGAAUUCUCAUUGCUGCAAUAACUUGAGCUCUGUAGAGAGUAGAAUUCUUGGACAUCAAUGAGUAGUGCAACAUGCAGCAUUAUUUCAGGACUUGGCUGUUUCUUGGAUGCUGCUGAGAACUAGGAGGUCAACAGGUAGAUAGGAAGUUGUCACCCCUUCCAAUAAAACAGUUAGCUAAAAUGUAACCAGUUUUUAUGACAGAACUUUCAUUAAAGACCAAUUCCUCCGGCAAGGCGCAUUGAUAAAAUAGUAUGACUUAAGGGAAUUGACUCCACAGGGAAACCAAGGAUGGACAGCAUUUUUAGUUUGAGCUUUAACUCAAAAAUAAAAUUUAGUUUUUGAGGUCACUGCAGCAAGCAAUGUACGUAAUGAAUUUAAGUCGAGUGUGGUACUGGAAAAGAAUAGUAGGUCAGGUGGCAUCAGAGGAGCAGGAAAAUUGACGUUUUGGGCAGAAGCCC